AUGCCUCCCCUAUCGCGACGGCGCACUUCUCUUUCCGAAUCCAAGACCGAUGGCUCCGCACAAGCGUCGAGCGAGAGAAAAGGCCUCGUCUCCCAAAUCCGCAGCCUGUCGAUGCAACAGAAUGAAGAACAGCCCGCAUGGAUACCCACUUGGAUGCGACUUCUACCACUGAUCGGCAUCGGUUCCCUCCUCGUGGCCACGAGCUGCGUCGUUGCAUCCAUGGCCCUACUGGUAGGCUCUGAUGGCCAAUCCACGGAGACUUGGCCCUGGUCACCGAGUGUAUUCCUGGCCAUGUUUGCCGCCGUCUGCAAUACCACUGUCCAGUUUGCGCUCGCCCAGGCGGCUCCUCUCGCUUGGUGGUACUAUGCCUCUCGCGGGAACACGCUCCAGCAGCUGCACACUCACUGGGAAGCGAGUCAAGGAUUCUUUCGUGCGGUCAUGAAUGCUCGCCACGCGAAAUUGGUCGCCCUCGCCACCAUCUUGUCCGCUUUGCUCGUGAUUGAUGGCCCACUGCUCCAGAAGGCAUCUUCGGUUGUCUCCAAGACCCAGACGAAGCCUGCCACGUUACAAAUUCUGCUCUCUCCAGAAUUACCUGCCGGAUGGUCUGGGAUUCGUGACAGUAAUGGCAUUGAGCCGAGUGAAGCUGCCAACCAGGUACUGAAUGAAGACUUGGCCAAUUCCACCGUGAGUGGAAAUAUUAGUGGCUGCACAGGUAAAUGCCUUGCCGCCGUCCGUGGGCCCGGUAUGCUGGUCCAAAAUUGCACAACCAAAACGUGGCCCAUUACUCCGGAAAUGCUCUCCAAUAGCUCCUCCACUUGGGGCUCAGGUUACAAGCCCCGGAAAAUCUCCCCCAAACCUGUCUUUGCAGUGCAACUCUACGAGAGUUCUCUCCGCCCCAACUUCACCGGCCCCGAGGAAAUUGAACUUCUCGUCGGCAUUGCAAACUUCACCAACUGCUCCGGCCACUACGACGAAGUCAUCUGUACUCUCGUCCCCGCCAUUCUCGAAUACGACAUAAUCAUCAAACACGACAUCGUCGACCAAUCCACCUUGCGGUCCGGCAAAUUUCUCUCCGUCGCAAACAACAGUUUCAUCAACUCUUCCGAACCCAUUGUACCUCUCGCUUUCACCUCUUUCGCCGCCUUUCUCGACCCGCAAUUCUUCUCCAACGCCUCUCUCGGCCCCUCGGAUAAAUCCGCCGACCGCGCCGGAAAUAUCAGUGUCCCUUUACAAGAUACUUUUAAUGUCUUUUCUCUCAACCACGCCCUUCACACCGAAGUCUGCGAAUCUGCUUUUCGUGACCCUACGGAGGAUAUUCUCGCUCGCUUCAACACUAUCAUGUUUCGUGCUGGCCUGCAAUCCGCCGCUUCCACUGCUGCUAACAACACCAACAACUCCACAACACCACCACCUCUCACCUUCAACCAAACCAUCCCAGCAAACCAAACCUUAACCCUCAACGUCUUCCACUCAGACCUCAAAUGGUUCGGAGCAGCCGCGCUGAUCGAAUUCCUCGCAAUUCUCGCCGUCGGACCCAUUUUCUACGGAUAUUGGACUUUGGGGAUUAAAAUCUCUAUGAGUCCGCUCGAGACGGCAAAAGCUUUUGGUGCGCCGUUGAUGGGGAAUGUGAAUUCUGCGACGGGCUGCCAUGGAAUUGUGAAGAGGAUGGGGGGCGUUAGAGUGAGGUUUGGGGCUGUGGCGGAUGGGGAGGUUGGGGAAGAGGAGAUGGGGAGGGAGGGAGAGGGAGAGGAGAGGCCGAUGCCGGUUUCGGCGAGGUUGGCGAUUGAGGAGUGGGAGAGGGUGGUUGUUCCUGUGGGGGGGAUGAGGUUUAAUAGUUGA